GAGGCCGAAGACCUGCAAACCCCAGUCGAUCUCUACGCGGACUCCAGUUGCAAGGCACCAAAUGCCGAAAUGGAUAUGGGUACUGAGACUCUUCUGUUCUGCUCAGCGGUCUACCUUCUCACUUCGGCGCCGUCUCACUCGCCAAAAAAUCGCUUUACAUCAACACUGCCCGUAAAACCUUCCACUCCCAUGUGACGUCAGGAUAAGGCCCAUUGCAAACCCAGCGUGUCGUUGUAGGCUGGACAUGAACGUUGAACUUAGGAACUCUGGGGAUGACCUGGAUAUGUCAUCGACGCGAUGGGAAAAACUCAUAUAAGCACUGAACCGUUGACUGGUACGUCUCUCCGAGUCCUCAGGCUUAUCCCUCCUAUUUGCACUAGUGACAUCAUGUCGAUUCCAUCCAAGACCACUGAAUACUACAUCUCCAAGCCCCAAGGGAUUGAUAAUCUUAUUUUAAGAGAAGCCCCUCUUGCGCCUUCCAAAUCGACCGAAGUCCUCGUGAAGAUCCAUGCAGUUUCCCUGAAUUAUCGCGACAUCGCAGCCGUUACCGGAAACUACCCCGGACUCAAAGAUGAGCCAGUUCCAUGCUCUGAUAUGGCAGGUGAAGUCAUCGCCGUGGGGAGUGAAGUGAAAGGAUGGAAGAAAGGCGAUCGCGUUGCUUCGAACUUUGCUGUGGACCAUGUUCAUGGUGAGAUUACGAAGGAGAUCAAGGAUACUUCGCUUGGAGGCGCUAUUGAUGGGACGCUCACCCGAUACAAGAACUUCCCUGCACAUGCUCUUGUUCGUGUCCCUGAACAUCUGACUUAUGAGGAGGCUGCUACCUUACCAUGUGCGGCUGUCACCGCUUGGAACGCCCUCCUUGGCCCAGUCCCCCUCAAGGGCGGUGAUACAGUCCUGGUACAGGGUACCGGAGGAGUCUCCAUCUUCGCUUUGCAAAUCGCCGCCGCCAUGGGUGCAACGGUGAUCGCCACCUCUUCAUCCAACGUCAAACUGCAAAUCGCAAAGAAAUUGGGUGCUACUCAUUUGAUCAAUUACAAGGAAACGCCUGACUGGGAUCAAGAAGCCUUGAAACUCACGGGUGGAAGAGGUGUUGACCAUAUCGUCGAGAUAGGCGGUCCAGGAACGCUCGACAAAUCCAUCUCUGCAGCUCGAUAUGGCGGAUGGGUGCAUAACAUUGGUUUUCUUGCAGGUGUGAAUACUGACUUGAGCGGCUUGACGUUGAAAAUGCUUCACAAAGCGAUUGUCUACCGUUCAGUCCUCGUCGGUACUCGAUAUCAAUUCGAAGACUUGAACCGCCUACUCGUGGCUCGUCAAAUCCAUCCCGUCAUUGACAAAGUAUUCUCAUUCGAACAGGCCAAAGAUGCGUAUCAGCAUUUGUUGAGUCAGAAACAUGUCGGAAAGGUCGUUAUCAAGGUUGCGAAGGAUUAAAUUAGUUGUGGGAGGUGAGCGAUGCAAUUUGAAACCCUGAAGUCAUGGAUGUGAUUGAGUAUGGUACGGUGAAGCUGUGUGGAAAGGAAAAUAAGUUGCAAGAAGUCAAAUGUAAUGUGUACGAUUAUAAUAUAUCGCACUGGUGCUUGUACCUUGAC